AUUUCUCGUCGUGCUGAUAUUUAUGGUCUUCGCACUUUGUAUAUGCCUAAUACCGUUUUGUAUAUUCUGUAAAUGGCGGCCGGAUGAAGACGACCAGUGGACAAAUCCUGCUUUUGACAACCAAGAUGAACGACCAAUGAGUGUGUUAGCAAGAAUAGAACCUCCCCCAUGUUAUGAAGAUGCAAUGAAAUACAACGCAGUUCGUGGCAUUUUAAUUUCUACGGACAAUGAGGCUAUAAAGAAUAUGCUCAACGAAGGCCAAAGACCAAACUUGAACAGAGACACUCGCAUUAUCGAAAUGACGCCCCCGAGUACAGUUUCGUCAACUUCUAACCGGCCCGACUUACCUCACAAUGCACCAGCAUUGACAACAGAAUGUGGCAACAACCGAUCCAGGAGUGGCACCGGCAACAAUUCUGCUUAUCCUCACCUGUCCACCGUGAGCGAAGAAGUUGAUGCCAAUCUACACGUGACCGUUGGCAUAUAAGCAUUCUAUACCGCGCCACGCACAUAGGGAAAUAUCCCUCCUCGUGAUUGGAUAUAGCUUACGAUGACAUCAUUUCCUCUGCUCUUAGUAACGCCUUGACUUUGCUUGGGCUCGAAGUUACACCUCCAUACUAUUUGAUAGCAGCAGCGAAAAGAUUAUGUGCGUUGUAUUUUUGACUUUAUUUAUUUAUUUAUUUAUUUUCUAUGUGAUUGCGCUUCUUACAACGCCUUAGUGUGGCGAAUUUAAUAUAAUAAAUGUAGUGAUUUCCCCCCCCCCUAGAGAGAAUUUUUUUUUAUUUCUUCUUGUGCUAACUCCGUAAAUGUGUAUUAAGUACAGAGAUUGUUAAUAAAUGUAUUCUUAAUUUAAAACACUUCAUAUUAAAGGUGUUAUCAUUAUUUCAUGUUCAUCAUAUAUCCAUUUUUCUGCAGAUGCAAUCACCGAAAACAUGAUUCAAGUAAUUUUUUGGAAGUAGUAACAACGUCGUUGGGAACUAACAUAGUACACAGUAAAUUCACAAUAUUUAUAAUCAGUUUAAAAAAAUUUUAUUAUUAUUUUAUUAUUAUUAUUUUUUUUUUUUAAAGUUAAGAUAUAAUAGAUUUGGAAUAGAGGAAUAGAGAUACGUAUUUUAAAUUGAAUAAUAUUACUUUAUGAAUAUUUCCCAUUUUUUAAUGUGUAACAUCUUUUAU